AUGAGAGGGAGCGGGGAGCAAAGGAGGGUGGGGGGGCGGAUGGGAAGAAACAAGAGCAAGCGCAACAGCCACACACGUGCCAUCACACACCUAUCCAUGUCCCUCCAUCUCCCCCAGCUCGCCUCCCAGCACCACAACAGCGCAUACGCACGCGCAAAGUUCGGCCCAGCAGGCGCACCCGUCCAGUACCAGCCCCUCUCCCAGGCCCUCCCCCUCCACUUUGCCGACCUCCGCGCCCGCCAGCUCCAGGCAGCCCACCACCCGCCCUGGUUCCCCGCAGACCCGGCCCCCCGCCCCCGCAGCAUCCAGGACGAGCUCCAGGCCGCCAUCGCAGAGCCCCUCCCCGCCGCCCAGCCCCACCCGCCCUCCGUCAAGACAUCCCUCACCCACCCAAUCAACAUAUCCUUUAUUAUCCCUCCAGACCUCGUCGCCCUCAUCUCAUCCCAUGCCCUCCUCGCGUCCAGCCCAGCAGCACCCACCCUCCUCGAGAUACCCCACUGCUUCUCCCUCGACCGUCUCUCGAUUCUCCGCGACGCCCGCCUCCAACAACAGCUUCCGCCGCCCCCUCCUGUCCCCCUCUUGGCAAAGCAUCCCCACUUUCGCACACGCUCCAACAUAGCUGAUGCCCUUCACGCUGCCAUCAGCACUGGCAUCGUGUCCCAGGAUCCUCAACCCGAACCCGCUUUCCUAGCCAGUCUCUCCUUGUCCUUAUCCAUGACCACCGUCCCGCUUCCGCUCUCUUUCCAGAAACCCCAUGAUUCAGAUCUCUCGCUCUAUUCCAGAAACAGUCCCUACGCUUCUUCAUUUACAAUCGGUAAUCUCCUUCUGUCCUCCUGUCCCGGGAAAAAAGUUAGACUUGAUGGUCCUGUUAAAGGCCGAAGUGGGGUCUGUCGCGACCUUCAAACUGACAUGAUGCGAAUGAAACAGCUCGGCGUCUCCUGCAUCGUCUGCUGUUUAGACGACUCCGAGCUCGACUUCCUCGGCGCGCCCUGGCCAGAGUAUGAACGCUGCGCAAAAAAUAAUCGAAUUGACGUCCUACGGUUGCCAACACCUGAAGGCUUGCCCCCCGUAUCAACAUCACAUCUCGAUGAUUACCUAGUCGACCUCAUCAACAGGUACACGCUGCGCGGCAUUCCCAUCCUUGUCCAUUGUCGAGGCGGCGUUGGCCGUGCCGGCGUCAUUGCGUGUUGCUGGAUGAUCCGACUGGGCCUUUGUGGGUGGGUCGAAGACACCCCCUUAACCAAGAACCCAGCCGACUUCGCUGAUACUGCGAAUCCGAACCCGAGUCCCGAGUCUGUUGCCUUUGUGGAAAGGGUGAUCGGCCUCGUGCGUCGCCGCCGAAGCCUCAAGGCCGUCGAAACUUACGAACAGGUCAAAUUUCUGGUUGACUAUGUCGAUCAUUUACGACAGCGUUGGCAAGGUGCACCCGUUCAAGCUGUCCCCUCUUAUUAA